CUCAUUGGACCAACCCCUACUCAUAAGAAAGAGAGCUUGCCAUUUUGUUCAGGCUUUGGCAGCGGCAGCUGGGACUGGGAGGGUGAAGUGUGUCCUCCUGCUUCCGAGUUCCGAUCUCCAUGCUGAAGCAUCUGGCACGUUGCUGCGCAGGAGGAGCUCUUGAUCUUUGCUCCUGAGACAGCUUGAUAUCUAGCAUCUGGCAGUAGCUACCCCAACUUCAGGGGCAAGAAUUAAGGAGGAACAUCGCGCACAAAAGAAACUUCUAUAACCCAAAGAAAAGGGCGAGAAUACACGGGAGGAGAUGCAUAUAUUUGAUUUUAACUAGAACGCCGAGCAGGCGAGAGGAAGCGAAGCUAGCUAGCAAUUCAAUCAAUGGACAACCAGCCGCUGCCCUACUCCACCGCGCAGCCCCCCGCGACCGGUGGAGCCCCGGUGCCCGGCGUGCCUGGCGCUGCCGGCCCACCGCCGGUGCCGCACCACCACCUGCUCCAGCAGCAGCAGGCCCAGCUACAGGCGUUCUGGGCGUACCAGCGGCAGGAGGCGGAGCGCGCGUCGGCGUCGGACUUCAAGAACCACCAGCUGCCGCUGGCCCGGAUCAAGAAGAUCAUGAAGGCGGACGAGGACGUGCGCAUGAUCUCCGCGGAGGCGCCCGUGCUCUUCGCCAAGGCCUGCGAGCUCUUCAUCCUCGAGCUCACCAUCCGCUCCUGGCUGCACGCCGAGGAGAACAAGCGCCGCACCCUGCAGCGCAACGACGUCGCCGCCGCCAUCGCGCGCACCGACGUCUUCGACUUCCUCGUCGACAUCGUGCCGCGCGAGGAGGCCAAGGAGGAGCCCGGCACCGCCGUCCUUGGGUUCGCGGCGGCCGGGGGUGGCGCCGUUGGAGCUGGCGCGGCAAGCGGAGCUCCCGCGGCCGGGAUGCCAUACUGCUACCCGCCAAUGGGACAGCCGGCGCCAAUGAUGCCGGCAUGGCACGUCCCGGCGUGGGAUCCGGCGUGGCAGCAAGGGGCUGCGGAUGUCGAUCAAAGCGGAAAUUUCGGGGAGGAUGACCAAGGGUUUGCAGCAGGCCAUGGCGGUGCAGCUAGCUUUCCCCCGGCACCUCCGAGCUCCGAGUGAUCAUCGAGCUGCUAGGCGUUGGCUACGGGCCUGUUUGGCAGGCUCCAUCUCUAAAUCUCUAAAAAAUUUAGAGAUAGAGUUGUUGAUAAAUUAAGAAUAUUUAGUUUAGGCAUAUAAUUCUUAUUUUGGUAAAAAAUUGAUAUCUUACUAUGUUUUAUUCUACAAAUUCUAAAUCUUACGUGCUAAAUAAAAUCUACAUCUACAUGCUUGCAGUGCAUGUCAUUCAAGGGAGCCAUAAUGUAUACAGAAUAAGUUUGAGUAAUUUGUACAUGCACAAUUGCACAUGAUGUGCUGAUUAAUCAAAGACUAACGAGCAGUUAUUUAAUUA